UCCGGUGAAGAGUAUGUUGAUGGGUUGUGGUUUAGCGGUGAGUGUGUAGUUAACCCGGUGUAAAGUGUACAGAUUAACGCGCUGUGUGUUUAAUAUUAUGAGUUUUAAUAACAUGGCGGAUCCGCGGAGACACAACAAGAUCUUCCGCUACAAGCCCCCCAGCAGUGACUCUAAUCCCACUCUGGAAGAUCCGACUCCUGACUACAUGAACCUCCUGGGUAUGAUCUUCAGUAUGUGUGGACUCAUGCUCAAGUUGAAGUGGUGUGCGUGGAUCGCAGUGUACUGCUCCUUUAUCAGUUUCGCAAACUCUCGCAGCUCAGAGGACACCAAACAAAUGAUGAGCAGCUUCAUGCUCUCUAUAUCAGCGGUAGUGAUGUCAUAUCUGCAGAACCCUCAGCCCAUGUCACCGCCAUGGUAACCAAGGUCAUGACCCCCAGGGGUCAAGAGGAUCAACCACAAAUUCUGCUUCUGAUCAUUCAGCAAGCUCCUCUCUCUCUCUCCUGAUUGGCUGAGAGCUGAUCAUACUGUAGACGGUAUAAAUGACUGUGUGUGUGUGUGUGUGGGAACACUAUUAAUAUAAAAUAAAGAGGAGUUUUUAUGAA